UAAAUUCUCUAAACCUUGAAGCUUUUACUGAGUGAUUGACAUGGCCAGCAACCAGCAAGCGCCGGGCAACCAGCAGCCAUUGGUGGGGAGCCAACAACAAGGCAACCUACAGCCACUGAAUGUGUUACAACCACAACAACCUUCCGGCGUACCGUCAAUAAUGAUGAACCAACCCAACCUGCAGUCAAUGCCAUUGUCCGCCAGACAACCGACCGCCAACAUGCCGUUGAUGGGCAGUCUGAAACCAUCCAAUGUGCCAGGACUACAACCCCAGCAAAAUCCAACCAAUGUGCAACCAUUUUUCCCCAGCCAACAAACCCCUGCCAAUUUACAGCCAAACAUUGGCAGCCAGCAGAACCCCACAAAUGUGCAGCCACACCAGCAGCACCCUGCAGCCAACGUGCAGCAGCCGCACACGGCCAGCCACCAAAGUCCUAGCAAUGUGCACACACAGACUGGCGGCCAUCAAACUCCAGGAGGCAAUUUGCAGCACUAUAUGGGCCUGCAACGACCAAUUUCUGGUAUUAUGCAGCCACAACUGGCAAGCAAGCCACCAGCAGCCAACCCUCUAAUUCAGUCAGCUAUCAAACAUGGUAUGGGACCGACAGCGAGAGGCGACAGACUCAUGUUCUCAACAUCUGAUGACAAUGUCAUGUUGAGGCAAAUCCAGGGAACCCAUGUUCCUGAUGGACGUGAAUUCAAUGUCAAACCACUUCUUGAUAUCGUUGAGAACAUCUUUAAACAAGCUGUCCCAGGUGUUGAGGCCAUCAGCGCACAGGAAUUGCUAGCAAUCACAGACACUGAUGACAAGACAUACCAAACCAGUGUCAUUGGCAUGCUCGAGGCCUUGGCCUAUCUCAUUGAUCGAAUUUCUUGCGAGAUAACAUGCAAGUGCUCUGGUGGUGGGGAUACACAUGCAACUGCAAUAUCAAUAUUGAACAUGUUAUCAAGUUUUUCAUGGGAUGCCAAAUUGGCGUUAGCCUUGUCGGCUUUCGCAGUGACCUACGGCGAGUUCUGGCUUGUUGCCCAGAGUUACACUUCAAACCAACUUGCCAAAGCUGUGGCGAUCCUGAAGCAAUUACCUGAGAUCUUGGAAAACACUAGUGUGUUAAAACCUCAGUUUGAUGCAAUUAAAAACCUAAUCAAAGCAAUGGUAGAUAUCAGCAAAUGCAUUGUUGAGUUCAGGCAGCUACCAACUCAUUACAUUACACCAGAUGUUGAAGCACUAUCCACGGCCAUGGCUCAUAUACCAGUUGCUGUGUACUGGACCAUCAGAAGUAUUUUGGCUUGUGCUUCCCAACUAACAGGCCUUACUUUGUUGGGACGAGAGCACAUGGUAUCAACUACAGAAGCUUGGGAGCUAUCCAGCUUGGCUCACAAGCUCAGCAACAUGCACAGCCACCUCUUAACUCAACUGCAGAGCUGCCACAAGCACAUAGACGAAAAGAAACAUCUUGAAGCUUAUCAAAAUCUUUUGCAUUUGUUCGAUAUGGUCCACAUUGACAACAUGAGGAUUAUCAAGGCUUUAAUCUACCAGAAGGAUGACCUGUUGCCACUUGUUGAUGGAUCCACCAAGAGAAGGGUAAGCCUGGAGGUUCUGAAGCGAAAGAAUGUGUUACUGCUCAUAUCAGACCUAGAUAUCUCGCAAGAGGAGCUUUCAAUUCUUGAACAGAUAUAUACUGAGGGCCGAUCACACCCGACAAGGCAGGAGAGUCAGUACGAGGUGGUGUGGCUCCCAAUUCUGGACCCAACCAUCAAUUGGACUGAUGCCAAGCAAAAGCAAUUGGAGACUCUGCAGACUGUUAUGCCAUGGUAUACAGUGCACCACCCUUCACUGAUUGAUAGGGCUGUAAUAAAAUUCAUCAAGGAUGUGUGGCAUUUUGGGAAAAGGCCUAUUCUUGUGGUGUUAGACCCACAAGGACGUGUUGUGAGCCCCAAUGCACUCCACAUGAUGUGGAUUUGGGGGACUUUGGCCUUCCCUUUCACCACAGCAAGAGAGGAGGCAUUAUGGAAGGAAGAGACUUGGAAGCUUGAAUUGUUGGUGGACGGCAUUGACCCAACCGUUGUCAACUGGAUAGUGGAAGGAAGACACAUUUGCUUGUAUGGAGGAGAGGACAUUGAAUGGAUCAGAAAAUUUACAAACGCUGCAAAUGCUGUUGCUGACGCAGCAAAUAUUUCCCUGGGAAUGGUCUAUGUGGGAAAGAGCAACCCAAAAGAGCGUGUUCGCAGGAUUUCCGCAACCAUAGCUGCGGAAAAACUCAGCUACGUCAUGAGCGGCUUAACCGAAAUUUGGUACUUCUGGGUUAGGAUUGAGAGCAUGUGGCACUCCAAAAAUCAGCUGCGCAGAACCGUUGAGAAUGACCAUAUAAUGAGCGAAAUCAUGACGAUGCUCAGCUACGAUGGCAGUGAAGGCGGAUGGGCAGUGUUCGGUAAAGGAUCAUCCGAAAUGAUCAGAGCAAAGGGAAGUACAUUUUUAACUUGUUUGCAAGAGCAUAAUGCAUGGAAGAACGAAGUACCGCGAAAGGGCUUUCUGCCAGCAAUGAGUGAUUAUCUGACGCAGCUGUACUCACCGCAUCACUGCAGCCGACUGGUGCUGCCAGGUACCGCUGGAAUGAUACCAGAAAAAGUGGUUUGCUCAGAAUGUGGUCGCACCAUGGAGAGGUAUAUCAUGUAUCAAUGCUGUGAUGAAUAAACAGCAAGCUGCUGCCAAUGAUGCAAUACUACUAUAUGCAUAGUAAGACUGCUUGCAAUGAGUAGCAAGUUUGGAAUAAUAUUAAUUACCAAGUGUGAGUUAAGUGUUUUUUUCAUAUUAUUCUCUGUUAUCGUACUUUAUAUUUAAGGAAACAGUGUGUAUCCAUCUUUAUUCCAAAGUUUGAAUAAAUUGUUCCUUCAAUCUCUGUGUCUGUAACUUUCUUGUCUUGGGAAUAUGCAAGGGAAAAAUUUAGGAUCAA